AUGCAGCCGCAGCGGGGCAGAGCCGCGGGGCUCGGCUGCCGCGGCGGGGACGAGCUGCCCCCCGUGCAGCAGAACCUCCCUUAUUACCCGCACAUCUUCUGGGUGGAUGGAUAUGCCGAGACAGCGGCUCCCUGUGCCCCCGCUGUCCCCUCGGCUCCCUUCCCACCGCCCGUGCCCGACCGGAGCAGAAAACCGCGGAGUAAAGGAAGGGAACGCGGGGAAAGGAGCAGAGCCGGCUUCCUCGUGAUGUUCCUGCUGAUCCUGGUGGCCUUCACCGGAGUGGGGCUGAGCAUAUUUAAGAUUUUUCACCUGGAGAAGGAGGUGGAUGAACUCAGGGAGUCUGCCAGCGCUGAGCCCAUCCCUGCAUCCUCUCAGAAACUCACAGGGCACAGGAAGGAGGCCAGGAGGGCAGCCCACGUCACAGGCAACCCAGAGCAGCAGGGGCUGCCGCUGGAGUGGGAGCCCAGCUCUGGCCAUGCCUACACCAGCGGGGUGCAGUACGAGGCGCGGGGCCUGCGGGUCAGCGAGCCGGGGCUGUACUUUGUGUACUCGCGGGUGCUGUUCCGGGGCACGGCCUGCGACAGCCCGCUGCUGCUGGCACACGUGGUGUACAAGAGGAACCCGGCCUCCCCGGGCAGCCUGGUGCUCAUGGAGGACAAGGCCGCCAACUUCUGCUCGGGCCAGAGGAUGUGGGCCCGCAGCAGCUACCUGGGCGCUCUCUUCAGGCUCAGGAGGAUGGACAGCCUGCACGUCAACGUCUCCAAAAUCGCCCUGGUCAACUUUGAGGAGUCCAAGACUUUCUUUGGUUUGUUUAAGCUUUGAAGUGGAGCGUGGCUGGCAGGCCCUUCAGACAUACACACACACCCACAUGGAUGUGUGAGGGCUGGGAGCGGCCUGGGCACCACCAAACCCACCAGAAACCAUGUUUGGGCUUCAGCACGAGGGGAUCCAAGCAAUGGGAAAGCACCAGGGCUGUGCUGCAUCAGCCUGAACAGAAUUGCAUGUGUUCUCCUUGCAAAAACCCAACAAACUCAGGAUGUGGCGUGCUGCAGACCCUGCUGGAACUCACUACCUGCUGCCUGAGAAGAUGGUGUGACCUGCUGCUCCCCGUGUGACACAGA